CAAAAUGAAAAGUAUUGUGUUUUUCGUCGUGCUUUUUGGCUCAAUUUAUUGUGAAGGUUGCCAUGUCCAAAUCCGCUGUCCAUGCCCUGAUAUGUUGGAAACUUUGGUUCAAUUCCCCGUGGCAACUUUGUACUCGGAAGGAGCGGGCUGUACUCGGAAUGUGACUUGUACGGCGGAUAAAUAUCAAUCGCUCAGUUUCAUGUGGUCAGAAACCGAGAUUCCCAGACCUGAUAAAGCGGAUGAAUAUCCCUUGGCCCUUACCCCGCAACCAAGAACCGGUGAAUAUGUCGACAUGUUCUCAUACUUUGGUGUAGUCUGUGAGGAUGAUGGAUGGUAUGCCACUCAAUACCCAAAUGGAGUUACCUAUGAGUACGAGUCGGAGUACCAUACUAUUGAAUCAUCCGAGGUGAACGGAAAAAAGAGCAAAAUUCUAUUCAUUACUUGGUAA